AUGUCAACUAGCGACUCGUCGUCGACAAGAGAUAAAUCAUCCGAUCGUCGGUCUUCUUCAUCGACAUCAGUCUCUUCUUCACACUCCACUUCAACACUGGUCUCUUGUUCGCGAGACGAGAAAACACAGAACCGAUUUCGUCGACAUCUUCGAAGAGAUUUCUACAAAAUUGAAAAGUAUUUGUGCGACAUGGGUCAACCGGGCGAUCGUGUCACCGUUACUCAAGUCGACGGAACUCCCAAAGAUAUAGUUUCUGAGACAGCUCACGGUUAUCUGAAUGAGAAUCGAAUGGUGGUUUUGGAGGAUGUCGUCAAUCAAGAAAUCAAUAAUGUGAACAAGAACAGUGAUGAGAAAGGAGCAAGUGCUGAGACAAAUGUCGACAUGGUUUGCCCUCCAACAGCCAUUCCAACAACUCCAUCACCCAAUCAUCCACUCACAUAUCCAGCUCCUGUUCUGGCUCCCGUCUCUCAAAUCGAUCUUCGCCCACAAACACCAAAUGGAAGUCGAAUCGCCACACAGAAAAAGGAAGAAAAAUAUGAGAAAUCCGAGUCCAGCCAAUCGCGUCAAAGCAACCGAAAGGGCUACUCAACCAGCAAGAGGAUUUUUCCCGAGGACGAUGGCGGCAAGUCCACAUCAAAUCAUCAACCUUCUCAUACUGUGAAACAUGAAGUGAUACGCACACAUCGCCGUGGAAUUCUUGUGAAUAUUGAUGUUCAUUCUCGUUGGUGGGUGCAUGCAGGUGAAACGGCUCCCAGCGGUUUCGAAGGAAUGCGUCUCAUUGUUGAUUGUCCUAACUAUGAACCAACGCGUAUCAACGUGAACGGUAAAUGGAAGAAAAUCGUUGAUGAA